AUGGACAUUCUGCCAGUAAAUUUUAAAGUCUUAUGGUUUUGUGGCGCAUGGAAAGAACGAAAUGACAAUAACAUCAUUGUUGGUUGUCUACAUUCCUGUUACAAGUACGCAGUCUUUUUCCUAAUAUAUGAGUUUACGAUAUUUGAGGUGAUAGAACUGAUUCGCACGUGUGAUCGAAUCGAUGAGUUCACUGAAGGACUCUUUUUGGCAUCGACUUAUGUAACAUUGUGCCUGAAAUAUGCAAAUUUUUUGCUACGAAAGAACGAUGUGUCUGAGUUGUUGGAUUGUCUGCGCGUAAAAAUAUGCCAACCGAGAAAUUCGACGGAAAAGAUGAUAAUAGAGACUCAUAGUCGAAAAGCUAAGUGGAGCACUCUCUCCUUCUUAAUCAUAUCACAAAUCACUACUAUGGGUUUCGUGACCGCGCCGAUUCUAGGAUUUGGCAAAGAUGAAUGGAUCCUACCCACAAAAUCGUACGUUCCCUAUUCCGUUUCGGAAAUAUUUCCAUAUGUGGCGACGUAUCUACAACAAACUGCAGCGCUGUUUUAUGCAGUUAUGCUCAACGUUUCAUUCGACUCCCUCGUUUACGGAUUCACAAUUCACGCUUGCGGGCAGAUCGAGCUGAUAUGUCGCCGAUUGACAGAUAAUAUUAAGAUCUCGAUAAAUUCUCGGAAAGGAUCGGAUGCAACUGCGUCGAUCAAGGAAUGCAUCAGGCAUCAUAUACUCGUGCACAUUUUUGUGAAGAAAAUAGGAGCGCUAUUCCUGUGGACAAUCAUGGUCCUUUUCUUUUUCAGUAUGAUUAUUCUAUGCACCAGCAUUUUCCUGAUAUCAAAGACAAAACUCUUCAGCAUUCAGUUUCUUUCUAUGAUACUAUAUUUUAGCAGCAUGAUGAUGCAGAUAUUUUUUUACUGCUGGUAUGGGAACGAGCUUGAGUUAAAGAGCAAAAGUAUCGCGAAUAGCAUUUAUUUUAGUAAUUGGACAUUGACCACAUCGCAUGAGCGUAGAUCUCUAAUACUCAUUAUGAUAAACAGUCAAAAAGGGUUGACGUUUUCCAAUAAGAGAAUAUUUACGUUAUCUCUGGACACUUUUACCUGGAUUUGUAAAACGUCUUACUCAGCUUUUAAUCUCCUGCAACAAGCAUCGGAUUAA